UUUGAAUUUUAUUUUCAGUUGCACAUUUGCACAAAAAGUACAGUAUUUCAAUAUUUGUUUACUGUGUGCGUAGUGAACAAUUAACUAGAUUAGCUUGAUUGCUGCCUGUAAAAAUAUUGCAAAUAUGGCUCUCCAGCACAUCGAAGAAAGAUUGAGUGAUGAUGAAAUUUUCAUUGGAGAACUUACUUUAAAAGAAGUAAAGAAACGUGUGUUCCCUGAAAACUAUCGCCAAACUAUCGGAUGUGUGAGCACGGGGGAGCACGACGACCAUAAUGCCAGCUUGAAAAUUAUAGAAAGUCAUUCUGCACCUGAUAUCGCACCUAAAGCUGAAGUGCUCUCUCCCAGAAUUGUGAAAUCAACGUCCAAUCCAGGUCUGUCUCCUGAAGUAGUGGUAUCUGACUGGGACAUAAAGCCUGAUGACAGCUUUUUAAAAAUUGAGAAGAUGGUUUCUGAAUUAUGUGUCUCGCCGAAGAACGACGUGAAUAAAGUAUAUGAGAGGAAGGUAACAGGGGCACAAAACUAUUUUUUCAAGGAGCAGUCUGAGAAUGAUUUAAGCUGUGAACUAAAGGAUUUAGAAGAUGCCUUGAACUUGGUUGAAUCUAUUGAGAAUAAUAAUGUAUGUGUUGAUAAAAAAGAGACUGCAUGUGUUGAACAUGACCAAGACUUAGAAUUUAAGACUCCAUUGAAGAAUAAUUAUACAAAUCCUAAAUUAACUUGCACACCUUGUACACCACGAGGAGAUAUUUUUGCUACACCAUCUAAUGAAUCAAGAAAUAAGACAUCAACAUUUAAGACUCCAGGAAUCCCUGUCUCCCACAAGAAAUUAUCUGUCACACCAAGGAAGUUUCAACAUGUAGUCAGUCCAGUUGCAACUUACAUAAAAAAAUGUCCAAUGGUUCCAUUGGUAAAAGAUGUUUGUCCAAAAAAACCAUUACCAGGACAUUCAUCUAUUCCUAAACUUAUAAAGCAUACUCCAUGUUCAAAAAAUGACAAAGAAAAUGUAAAGCUUGAACAUUGUAAACCAGAAGUUGUGAAGCAAGGGAGCAUGAAGCUGCCUUCAGUUGCAUACAGGAAUGCUAAGGAAACUCAAGUGAUUAACAUUCCUGAUGAAGGCAAAUUACCACAAAGUCAGUGGGCAAAGCAAGUGGCAUCAUCUAUACCACGGGCUUUUGUAAUCAAACAUAACAGCAGGGAGGUCAAAUCGGCAACCAAGGCAUUCCAGCACAAACCAGAGGAUAGCUUUGCCGACCUGUCCUUACAACAAGCUGACUUAUCAGUUUGCACUAAAAAGUCUGCCUUUAAUAAAUCUAGGAAGAUAUUGUAAUUUCCUUCCAGUCUGUUAUUGAAUUGUGUUUUCAAUUAUGAUAUAUACCCUGACUAGACUACGAGAAUUAGUAAGUAGUAAUAAACCGUAAUAUUUUAA